CGCACACGAGGUGGCGCUUCUAGGCCUGGUCUGGCAGCAGGCAAGGUUUGGGAGGCGACCGAGCCAAAGCGUCGCGCUUGCGCUCAAGAGAAGCGGCGGCGUGGGCGGUGAGGCGGCUUCAGAGGCUAAAGGUCCUUAUAGCGAGUAGCGGCGGCGGCACCACUACUGCUACCACCACUAGCAGCAGCAGCAGUAUACCCGUCGUGGGAAUCUUUGCUUUGUCGCCAAGAUGCCGGCUGUGUCGAAGGGGGAUGGGAUGCGAGGUCUGGCCGUCUUCAUUUCGGAUAUCAGGAACUAAAGAGGCUUUGCUGGAUGUUCCUAUCUGUCUAAAUGACCUUUCAAAGGAAGUGUGGAAGCCUUUUGUUAAACAGACGUUUUCAGGGUUUGAAGGUAAAAGUAAAGAAGCUGAGAUAAAAAGAAUAAACAAAGAAUUGGCAAACAUUCGAUCAAAGUUUAAAGGUGAUAAAGCUCUUGAUGGCUACAGUAAGAAAAAGUACGUCUGCAAGCUGCUUUUCAUCUUCCUCCUGGGGCAUGAUAUUGAUUUUGGCCACAUGGAGGCUGUGAAUCUCCUGAGUUCGAACAAAUACACAGAGAAGCAAAUAGGCUAUCUGUUCAUCUCCGUGCUUGUGAAUUCCAACAGUGAGCUAAUACGCCUGAUAAACAAUGCUAUCAAGAACGACUUGGCCAGCCGCAACCCUACUUUCAUGGGACUGGCUUUACACUGUAUUGCCAAUGUAGGUAGCAGAGAGAUGGCGGAAGCAUUCGCUGGAGAAAUUCCAAAAAUACUUGUAGCUGGAGACACCAUGGAUAGUGUGAAGCAGAGUGCAGCCCUGUGCUUGUUAAGAUUAUAUAGAACUUCUCCUGACCUAGUUCCUAUGGGAGAUUGGACAUCACGAGUUGUGCACCUUCUCAAUGACCAGCAUCUGGGUGUGGUUACUGCUGCUACAAGUUUGAUCACCACUCUGGCACAAAAGAAUCCAGAUGAAUUUAAAACCUCCAUAUCUCUGGCUGUCUCCAGACUCAGCAGGAUCGUGACAUCUGCAUCGACCGACCUCCAGGAUUAUACCUAUUACUUUGUUCCUGCUCCAUGGUUAUCUGUGAAGCUUCUGAGACUGCUGCAGUGCUAUCCACCCCCAGAAGAUCCUUCAGCUCGAGGUCGUCUCACUGAGUGUCUGGAAACUAUUCUUAACAAAGCUCAAGAACCUCCUAAAUCCAAGAAAGUACAGCAUUCAAAUGCAAAGAAUGCAGUGCUAUUUGAGGCAAUUAGUUUAAUCAUCCACCAUGAUAGUGAGCCAAACCUGCUUGUUCGUGCCUGUAAUCAGUUAGGCCAGUUCUUGCAGCACCGGGAAACUAAUCUUCGUUACCUUGCACUGGAAAGCAUGUGCACGCUUGCCAGCUCAGAGUUUUCACAUGAGGCCGUGAAAACACACAUAGAAACAGUUAUCAAUGCAUUAAAGACGGAGAGAGAUGUAAGUGUACGACAAAGAGCAGUGGAUCUCUUGUAUGCAAUGUGCGACCGAAGCAAUGCCCAGCAAAUUGUGGCUGAAAUGCUAAAUUACCUGGAAACUGCUGAUUACUCUAUUAGGGAAGAAAUUGUACUGAAGGUUGCAAUUCUGGCUGAAAAAUAUGCAGUGGACUACACCUGGUAUGUGGACACCAUCUUGAAUUUGAUUCGAAUUGCUGGAGACUAUGUCAGUGAAGAGGUGUGGUACCGAGUCAUUCAGAUAGUAAUUAACAGAGAUGAUGUGCAAGGUUAUGCAGCAAAGACUGUCUUUGAGGCUCUCCAAGCACCAGCCUGCCAUGAGAACUUGGUAAAAGUAGGUGGUUACAUCUUGGGAGAGUUUGGAAAUCUGAUUGCUGGAGAUCCAAGAUCUAGUCCUUUGAUCCAGUUCAACUUGCUACAUUCAAAGUUCCACCUGUGUAGUGUCCCAACUAGAGCUCUGCUUCUGUCUACAUAUAUCAAGUUUGUGAAUUUAUUCCCUGAGAUAAAAACAACCAUUCAAGAUGUCCUACGCAGUGAUAGUCAACUAAAAAAUGCUGAUGUUGAGUUGCAGCAGAGAGCUGUUGAGUACUUGAGGCUCAGUACAAUUGCAAGUACUGACAUCUUGGCAACGGUGCUGGAAGAAAUGCCUCCAUUUCCAGAGAGGGAAUCCUCCAUUCUGGCCAAGCUCAAGAAGAAAAAAGGCCCCAACACAGUUACUGAUAUGGAAGAGACCAAAAAAGAGAGAAACUCUGAUAUGAAUGGUAGCACUGAAGCUACUCAUAUAAAUGCCAGCACUGUGUCUACUCCAUCUCCUUCAGCAGACCUUUUAGGUCUUGGUGCAGCCCCAGUUCCAAACUCUGUUUCAGCCCCUGCAUCUGGUGGUAGCUUAUUGGUAGAUGUGUUUUCAGAUACUUCUACAGCUCCUGCGUCUCUUGCUCCAGGUUCUGAAGAUAACUUUGCAAGUCAUGACCUGUCUUCAAGUGAGCAGGUGGUUUCUGAGGAGCCAGCUGAGGCUGUGCAUGAUGCUGAUGAGCUUUUUCACAAGUUCGUUUGUAAAAAUAAUGGAGUGUUGUUUGAGAAUCAGUUACUACAGAUUGGUCUGAAAUCUGAAUUUCGGCAGAAUUUAGGUCGGAUGUUCAUAUUUUAUGGCAACAAGACUUCAACACAAUUUUUGAAUUUUUCUCCAACACUAAUCUGUUCAGAUGAUCUUCAGUCUAGCCUGAAUCUGCAGACAAAACCAGUUGAUCCCACUGUAGAGGGAGGUGCUCAAGUGCAGCAGGUAGUAAACAUUGAAUGCAUAUCAGACUUCAUGGAAGCACCAGCCCUAAAUAUUCAGUUCAGAUAUGGAGGAACACUGCAAAACAUCUCUGUGAAGCUGCCCAUCACACUGAACAAAUUUUUCCAGCCUACAGAAAUGGCCUCUCAAGACUUUUUCCAGAGGUGGAAACAGCUGAGCAACCCUCAACAAGAAGUACAGAACAUCUUUAAAGCAAAACAUCCAAUGGAUACCGAAAUAACAAAGGCAAAGAUCAUUGGCUUUGGCACAGCCCUACUGGAAGACGUAGAUCCCAACCCUGCUAACUUUGUAGGAGCUGGUAUAAUACACACAAAAUCAAUCCAGAUUGGAUGCUUGAUGCGUCUUGAACCCAACCUACAGGCACAGAUGUAUAGGUUAACGUUACGAACAAGUAAAGAAAUGGUAUCCCGGAGGUUAUGUGAAUUGCUUUCGGAACAGUUCUGAACUGCAGUGCAAAACCACUUUUGAUUCUUUGUUUUUGCCAUUGUCUGUGUCCUGCUCCAGAAAUGGUUUGUACACCAGUGUCUGCAAAAAUAAAUGCCACCCCAUUCACAUCCCUGCCUUAAAGGACCUGUCCCUUUUUAUGUGAAAUAAAAGAUGUGUAACAUAAAACUACUUAAAUGUGAAAAAAGGCUGUUAGAUUUCUGGUGCAAAGAAGCUGGGAGGUCUUGUGUGUCUCAACUCAGCUGUGAUUCAUAUAUUUUGGCAGACGUUGGUUUCAUUAAAAAAUCACUUUGGAUAUGGUUAAUACCAAUUAAAUGAAGCACUUUUGCUGGAAAUGCCACUGUAAAUUGCUAAAAGCGUGUUGCAUCAGUGCCUUUUCUAGCAUUCUCUUGUCUGCAGAAUUCAGUGAAUGGCACUGCUCAUCUUCCUACUGAGGCUCUUUUAGUCAACUUUAAAUGGCUCACCUCUCAAAAAAGUGGGCUAGAGGAGUUGGUAUGUGGGGAGGGCUAUGUUCUCUUACUGCUUUCUUGAAUGUCACUGGUGUCCAUAUAUACAUAUGACUAUGCUUUGUAUUCUGAUUCAUAUCUUAAUAUCCCCAAAUGACUUCCUUUAAAUCUCAUCUUCCACUUCUCUCCCAUGAUCUGAACUACCAAAGAGUACUUCAGUAAUACUUCAAAUACUUCAUUAAAGAAACCGGGUUGGGUUCUUGGGAACAAAUGUGUUUCCCCCCCCUCAAAGCUAUAGUUGAUAACCAUCAGUACACUUAGGCUGUAAAUUAAGGAAUCAAGUAUUCUUAUACACUAACACUUUCAUAGGGAGCCAAUACGUCUGCAUUCCUCCUUCUCCACACUUUGCAGUUUAUUUCUUACCUUCUGGAUCAUAGGGAUAAGCCACUAGCUCUGAUUGUGGAGAGUUCAGCUUAUUAAGAUUUAAAAUACACUGUGGGCUUCUGCAAGUAUGAAAGGUAUAAACUUGAUUAUUCUGCAGGGCUUGUCAUGUCACCAGAACACUUUUUUUGUCUAGAACUUGGUAAUUCUAUUUUCAAGAAGCGUAGUAGUAGUAGAAGUGUUGCAUUUCCAACAGCAGUGGCAUUUGUUGCUUGGUAUGAGCUAUGCAUUUGUGUAACAUACCAUGCAAAAGGAGGCUAGCAGCCUCUUUGACCUAAGUAAAAUUAUGCUUAAAGUGAGUUCAGUCACACAUCUCUGAAGGGCUUCUUAAGUGGUUGAUUACUGCAAUUAUACAUGAAGGCAGUAAAAGAAACAAAGAAUAAAAUGAGCUACAAUUA